GUUUUGUGAAUAGCAAACUAUUAAUUCUUAAAAAAUCGAUAUAUUCCCAAUAAUAUGACUGAUGAAACUCAAAAUAAAGUUCUUGCUAUCAUUGCAAACAUAGCUAAAAAACAAGACACCGAAGAAAAAGUAAUCGUCGAAGAUGAAAUAUCUGAUUUAGAAAAUGAGGAGAAAGAUAAGAAAUCUGAACCGAUAAGAGGAAUACCAAAAUCCGGCAAAUUUUGGAAAUCAAAAAAAGAGAAGUUUUCUAAAAUUAAUAAGACUAAAGGACUCAGGAACAGCUUUGAAAAGAAACAAGCAUUGCGUGCGCAAAUACAGAGGACAAAAGAACAAUCUAAACAAUUAUUAGAAGAAUUUAAGCAAAAACAAUUAGAACGAAAGGAAAGACGGCGACAAAAUAUAGAACGUGCGGCUGAAAAUAAACGAAAAUCUGAAAUUGUUCAAGUUAUUACUAACACAGCUAAGCUGAAGAGAAUGAGGAAGAAGCAAUUGAGGUUUAUUGAGAAAAGGGACACCAAUAAACAGAUUGAAACUAAUAAAUAAGUUUUAUAGAAA